GUGAGAGAGCCGAUGAGCCUCGAGCGAGGGAGGGUGGGAGCCGAGGGCUGAUUUUUAUCUUUUACCGGAUCGAGAAGGGGAGGAGGCAGGGAGAAUGAGUUAUUCUUGUAGCAGCACAGAGCCUGUUUGCUGCACGGUGUAUUAGCCAGCGCGCGUCUAAAGGCUGCGACGCAACUAAAUCGGCUCCUGCGGCGACGAAGCCGAGAGAGAGAGCAUCAGAAAGGCUCAGCUCCUGUCAGGUCGCGCACCGAUCAGCCCUCUUCUGUUGGACAUGAAAGUGCAGCAAGGCUGCAACUCAGCAGACAUGGGGAUCCCGGUAACUACUGAAGAAGAACUGCGCAGAAAUACCGUAAUAACGCCCGAAGAUGUGCUGGGGCUGCAGAAGAUAACCAAGAAUUAUCUUUGUUCUCCAGAGGAAAAUGUCCACAUGAUCGACUUCACCAGGUUUAAGAUCCGUGACAUGGAAACAGGAACAGUCCUCUUUGAGAUCACAAAGCCUCCAACACCAGCAGGAGGCAGGAAGCAAUGUGACCCUAAUGCUGGCCGUUUUGUCCGAUACCAGUUCACUCCAGCCUUCCUGCAGUUGCGGCAGGUUGGGGCAACAGUGGAGUUCACAGUUGGAGACACACCCAUCAACAAUUUCCGAAUGAUUGAGAGACACUAUUUCCGUGAUCAGCUGCUCAAGAGCUUUGAUUUCGAGUUUGGCUUCUGCAUGCCCAGCAGCAAGAACACAUGCGAGCACAUCUACGAGUUCCCGGCGCUGUCUGAGGAUAUCAUGCAAGAGAUGAUCCUGCACCCUUAUGAGACGCAGUCCGACAGCUUCUACUUUGUGGACAACAAGCUGGUGAUGCACAACAAGGCAGACUAUUCCUACAGUGGGGGGCCGUAGAAGAAGACAACCCUUCAUCAUUUACUUCUCCCUGUUUUAGACAUUUUCCAUUAUCCAUAAACCUCUUCAGGACCAGAAACAGAUGAAUUAAUGGACGAUUCACACUCUUGUCUCUACUGUUAACUCAAUGGUUUUACAUUCAGGUAUUAAGCUGCCAGACCAAUAGAUUUUCUCCCUCUGCCUCUUUGCAGGAACAUUGAAUUCUAGCAGUUUUAGCAUCAGCGUGUGUGUGUGUGUGUGUGUGUGUGUGUGUGUGUGUGUGUGUGUGUGUGUGUGUGUGUGUGUGUGUGUGUGUGUGCGUGUGUGAGUGUGUGGGCAGCGAACACAUGCGGUGUCUGUACAUGCUGUUGAUUUCAGUCUGUGUACGUGGGUUCCUCUUGGUCAUCAGGAAAACUUUGAGUCAUUUACAUUUUGUAGGUUUUGAUAGUGACAAACAUGAAGGAAAGAAGGGGACUGUGAGCGUUAUAUGUCUUAAUGAAACCAGAGGCACAAAGACAGAAAUGACUUUAUUAAUAAUGAACCCAUAGAGAUUAAUAUUCCUCUAGUUUGUGUAGGAAUCUUACCGCUGAAGUCUCUUGAAUUUCUUGUAGCACACAUCUGAAUGACUUUGGUCUGCCAUCGUUCAUUUGAAUGACAAACAGAAACGUGUAUAUUGUCUGUGUAAAUGUGUCAUUUGUUGUGUGUUUUCAUGUUCAUAGUACUACUAUAAUUACUUCAGGAGUUUUUUUUAAGGAAAUAGCAUAUUUAAAGUGUCAGACACCUUCUUUAGCCAGAAGUCAGAUACCAGUUUUGAUAUCUGGUAUGUCCUCUGUAGUACUGAACACUGUGUGUACUUUAAUUAUGAUUCAUGUUUUAAGUAUGUGUGUAAAGUUUUGACAGCGAGAAUUCCAUCACUGCAAUAAAUACAGGAUUUUUUCGAAA